UUCCGUAUAACGGUCCAUUAGGAAGAUGGCGCUCUACCGGGCGACGCAGCCCCCUCACUUACACCCAAUGAGUAGCGAGACUGGCUUUCCGUAGCCCGAGCAAAAAAAAGGAAUGCAAUAAUAAAAACAGCAGGAAAUUAUUUCUUUUUGCAAAUGCACUUGUUUUGUUUUUAAUGUUAUUUGUUGGGCGGUGCGAGAAAGCGCGUGUUCAUCGGAUCGAGGGGAUGGAGAAUCGCGAGCCUGGCCGAGCUUUGGUGCAGAGACAAGGGGGGAAAGGCAUUUAAAUAACACCAUCACGUUGACACGGCUCUCCCCAGCAUCGCUGGCGCUGCACCGACACUCGCUACGCUGCAUCCAGCGGCUGGAUGCGCGAAAACGGCUAAAAGGGUGUCGUUUUGCCGAUCAGUCAGCGUCUGUGGUCGGUGAGGCAAAACAAAAAGACCAGCAGGGGACGGAAAUAUAUACAGAGGUUUGUUUAUUUUAUGAAUCGGAAAUUUGGAGCGACGUUAUUUGGGACACCGAGAGGGUUUGGGAGAAAAAAAAUGCAACAUCUGAGACGCUUCGAUUUUAAUUUUAUAUUGGAGAGCAGCUGUUUAUUCUGAUUUCCCCCCCAAGUACUGCAUUGCAACACCCUCACUGUCACCAGGCGAAGGAUGUCAGCGGCUGUCUUCAUGAUGGUCAUGUCUGCAUCUUUUUUCAACCCCAGUUUCGCCUUCAGUUCGCAUUUCGACACAGACGGUGCCCCCCUGAGCGAGCUCUCCUGGUCUUCCUCCUUGGCCGUGGUCGUUGUUUCCUUCUCUGGGCUCUUCACCUUCAUCUUCCUCAUGCUGGCCUGCCUGUGCUGCAAGAAGGGGGACAUCGGCUUCAAGGAGUUUGACAACACAGAGGGUGAGGAAUACCAGACGGACCUCUCAGCCAUCGGCUCCCCCGCGUCACAGACGGACCCCGAGGUUUACGUCCUGCCUCUGACCGAGGUGUCAGUCCCUGUGUCCAAGCAGCCGAGCAGAUCAGUUCAGCUGCUGAAGUCAUCGGACCUGGGGCGCCAUAGCCUGCUGUACCUCAAGGAGAUUGGCCAUGGCUGGUUUGGCAAGGUUCUGCUGGGGGAGGUCAACGCGGGCCACAGUACCACCCAAGUGGUGGUUAAGGAGUUGAAGGCCAGUGCCAGCAUCCAGGAGCAGAUGAAGUUCUUGGAGGAGGUCCAGCCCUAUCGAGCCCUCCAGCACCCUGCCCUUCUGCAGUGCUUGGCACAAUGUUCCGAGGUCACUCCGUACCUUCUGGUCAUGGAGUUCUGCCCGCUGGGGGACAUGAAGGGCUACCUGCGUAGCUGCCGGGCGACUGACUCCAUGACCCCUGACCCCUUGAUUCUCCAGCGAAUUGCAUGCGAGAUCGCCUCUGGUCUCCUGCAUCUCCACAAAUACAACUACAUUCACAGUGACUUAGCCUUGAGGAACUGUCUGCUGACUGCAGAUAUGACAGUGAAGAUCGGGGACUACGGCCUCUCCCAUGAAAAGUACAAAGAUGACUACUUCGUGACAACGGAUCAGCUGUGGGUCCCCCUACGUUGGAUUGCCCCAGAGAUUAUCGAUGAGGUCCAUGGCAACCUGUUGACGGUGGACCAGACCAAGUCCAGCAAUGUCUGGUCUCUGGGGGUGACAAUCUGGGAGCUCUUCGAGCUGGGGAACCAGCCGUACAGGCAUUACUCAGACAGGCAGGUGCUCACCUACGCUGUGAAGGAGCAGCAGUUGAGACUGCCGAAGCCCCUGCUUAAGAUUCCUCUUUCUGAACGCUGGUAUGAGGUGAUGCAGUUCUGCUGGCUGCAGCCUGACCAGAGACCCACUGCUGAAGAAGUACACCUACUGCUGGGCUACCUGUGCGCCAAGGGCUCCAGUGAAGGGGAAGAGGAGUUUGAGGCGCGAUGGAGUUCCAUGAGGCCUGGUGCAGGUCACGGUGGUGCUGAGGUAGCUGUGGAACUGGCCUCCUCCGCGUCAUCCUCCUUCCCCUUGCUGGAGAACUUCUCUGUGGGUGAAAGCUUCCCUGACGAAUCAGGGGAUGACAUUCUGACGGUGACGGAAACCAGCCACGGGCUCAACUUUGAGUACAAGUGGGAGCAGAUGCGUCACGAGCAGCCCUACUGUGCUUCCUCGACCAGUGGACGGCUGGGUCAAAGCAAUCCCCUUUAUCAGGACAUCUAUUAUCCAACCAGAGGUGCAACGGACAGCUCUGGUGGUGAUAGGAAUGCCCUUGGGGUGUCCCCUUCGUUCUACAAGGCCAAGGAGCUGAAUACCCCUGGGGUGGUGCCAGUUCUGAGUGCCCACAGUCCAUCAGUGAGUAGCGAGUACUACAUACGCAUUGAAGAACCCGUUGAGUGCAACAUUAAUCUGGACUAUUCCACAAGUGACUGUAGUCCAGGCUUUGAGGGAAGUAGUGGUGUGCCAGGCAGUGGUGACUCUGGCAACUGUCCUGGUGAAGUCCAGGCGAAUUCCUACUGGUCGGCAGGCACUCACAAAACUGAUUCCUAUGACUCUGACACCAGCCUGACUGUCUCUCCUACCAUGGAGCCUCUGUUGAGGCGGGUGUCUGGGGAUCACUGGAAUUCUGGACAGCGGUUCUCCUACAAAGAUGGCGAGGAAGAAUACCACCAACAUUCACCUGGAGGGAUGGAGAGCCAGCUUCUAGAGGAUUCCCCUAUGGACACCCACCAGAAUAGGUGGGGAAUGCGCAGCCUGUCCCAGGGGGUGAACGAGAUAGGGAGCCCAUUCACAAUUUCCCCACCACUUUGUAGCCCCAAACUGGGGUAUUGUGAUCCAUACUUGGAAGGCAGACAGGGGCCUAUUGAAAGUAAAAGUACAGCUAUUGAUGUUUACAACACAAUGAUGGGCUCCCUACAGAAGGCAACAUCUGGACCAUGUACUAUCGACAUUGACAUAGAGACAGAAGGAAACCUGCUUGUAGAGGAGCUUGAAAGCAGUUCUGGGGAUGCCAGCAAAUGGAGCUCAAACUGCUCUUCCAACAACAACCAUUUGAACUUUGAGUGUGGGCCUUGUGUUAGAGGAGUCCAAGAGACAUGCGUGGACAUUCACUACACUACAACCUUUCCAGAUAUGGGAAGCUCGUGGCCCGAGAUAUCGGGGGUUAAAGACAUUCAACAUCCAGCAAUCAACCUACCCAUACCCCUUCCUCAUUCAGAAAUUGCAGCUGAAAACUGUGGUGGCAUCUCUCUCAAUGAGGUCAACACUCAAGUCUUGGAAGAAUGCAGACCUUAUAGCCCUUUGUGCAAUGAAGGAAACGCAAGAUCAGAGUCACUUGUUAAUCUCCGGCAGAUGGCAGAAAGUCCUCCAUUUAUUGAUGCACUGAUUAGCCCAACUGGCAGAAACUACAACUUUAACAGUCAUUUAAAUCAGGAAGACAUUGAGAUGCCUUGGGAGGAAAAUAAGGAGAUUCCAUCUCCUUCAACGGGAGGUAGUGUUUUGUCUCUAACAGAACCAUUGGACAGUCAGGGGGACUCAGAGCCAGGGAAUGAAGAAUCAAGGUCAAAUGUCUUGGAAUUAAACACAGCUGAUGAAACAAUUGAGCAAGGCGUAAAUGCGAAGAGUGUUAAUGUUGUUCAGGCCAGCCCGUCCACCCUCUGUGAGAAGGCCCCGUGCUUCCCUACUGACGUAGCACAGGAGCCAGCAUCGGAGAGCAGUCAGACUGCAGACAGUGGGUUGGAGGCCAGUUACUUCAGUAUCAGCAUGGUAGACAUUGACAACUGCAGCGAUGAUGACGAUGACAUCACUGAUGUCACAUCUGGGAUUUUCACGGACAUAGUGGAUUCGGUCGAGGUGACAGCUGAUAUCAAUGUAACGAUUAAGCACGACCAGAAAACCACAGAAACCCCAGACUCUGUAGAUUCAGUUGACUUGCCCUCUGUCACAGGCCCCUGCGAGACAUUCAGUCCAACAUCCUUCUGCCCUUCCUCUCAAUCCAAAGCGCUAGAUAGUGGGUAUGACACAGAGAACAAUGAGUCACCAGAAUUCAUCUUGAAGGACACUUCUGAGCCUCGGCUAAUUGGGAGUCCAGUUUUGGGAAUAGUUGAGGCAGAGAUGGUUCUUCAGGUGGAUUUGGACAAAGGUGUAGAUGCCGUGGUUUCCCUUUCCGCAUCCAAUAACACCAAAGUGGAGCUGACUGGCUUGAGUGAGAAGAACCCAUACAGGGAUUCUGCCUACUUCUCGGACUAUGACACUGAAAAUGAGAGAUGGUCACGGGAAGACGAAGGUGACUUUCCAGAAAAGCUUGGAGAUAAUGACCUUGCUGGCCAGGAAGCUGAGAAGGAGGACCUUUCCAGGUACACAGGAACAGAGCAGUUCAGUCCUCAUAUUAAAGAAGGGGGCAAGCAUUAUUUUGAAGGUUUAGAUAAAGGCAGGGACAUUAUAGAGUUUGAUAAUAAGCCAGAAUCCAGUGCUUCCUCAGUUCCUGUCCUUUCUACGCUCUCUCCCUCACCCCCUGAAAUGGGGGGCUGCCUGACCAAAGAAUCUUCUCAGGAUGAGGGUUUGGGACUGGAUUCUGAGCAUUCUGGAGAGGAUCAGUCCUCAGAAUGCACUUCAUCCUCAUCCACGGUAUCAACGGUGUCUUCUGCCCAGCAGGAAUAUUCUGCUUCAGGUGACCAGGUGAAGAAAGGCACGGAGGACUCCCCUGGGCCCUUGUCAUCAAACUCCACCUCUGAAGAUAUUCCUAAGGAAGUCCUGAGAGAGCUUGAGGGUGACAAGGAUGAACUAGUGCAGGAUUGUACUGGGCCUGAGGAGGAGGUGGAAGUAGAUGAAAAUGCCUCUUGGGGAACCUCUUCCAAAACAUUGAAAAAUCACACAGAUCAAGUGGGUCUUUCUGAAAUGGUAGAGGACACAGUCCCUCUUGUGCCAAUAGCGGACGGGGAAGAUGCAGACGAGGAGGAGACAGACGACAGUGAGGAGUCGGACGAGGAGCUUGGCUGUUACAACAUUCAGGAGCAGAGUGAGGAGAGCGAUGAGGAGCUGCCAGCCGUGCCCAUCGUGGUGAGCGACCGCAGCAACACCCGGCACCUCCGCAGCCUCCUCAAGAUGCCCUCCCUGCUUACCGAGUCCUUUUGCGAUGAGCUGGACCGGAAGAAGAAGGCGGUAUCCUUCUUUGACGACGUCACCGUCUACUUGUUCGACCAGGAGAGUCCCACUGGUGACCUAGUGGAACCCAUCUUCCCCUCGGGGGAAGAAUCCGGCGGACAACCAAACUCUGAUGUGGGUGAGCCAGCAGCGAAAGCCAGCGUCUCAGAUGACUCUUCGGAUGGGAAUGUUUCAGAAGAGAGCGGAGGAUUCGAGUGGGAUGAUGACUUCCCAUUAAUGUCCGACCAAGAUGCUGUAAUGCCAGCCGCGGAGGAGCCUGCGGCCUGCACCCCCUCUCCCGUGGUCACGGAGGUGAAGCCGGUUGCCCCAUUCUCCCGAUUCAGCGUCUCUCGCUUCUCCAUAACACACGUGUCGGACUCAGACGUGGAAUCCGCAGGAGGGAGCAGUGAAGACGGGGAGUGAGAAUGAACGGCAACUCCACCCUCUACACCCCCUAUCCCCCCAUCGCUAUAUACAAACACACUGCUGUGGGGCUCAGAAGAUGUCCCAGGCCAUCUCAUAAAAGAACAGCCCUUUUUGGGUGGAGCGUCUGAGCUUUUUUCUUUUCCCUCAUUUGGACUUACCCUCGGCGACCCAGUUUGAGACAACGCCUCGGAACUGCAUCCCCCAUGACAUCCUACAGACCUGCUGAGUAUUACGUGGGUAACGGACUCGGAGAAGAAAACAAUAUACAAUGUAUCUAUAAGAAAGAAGCAUAUAUUAAGAUAAAUAUUUAACUUAUAUAUACAUUCUCUCAUAAUUUAUGUUGCAUUCCACAUUGGAGGUUUUGUCGUAUAGGAAGAAUGCAAAGAAAGGCAUUUGGUUUCACUGUCCUCAUCUCUGGUUGGCUGCUGGUAUCUGCUUGCUGAUUGGUCCAUAUGUACAAGAGGUUUGGGAGGCAGUCUUAUCCAGUGCAUCAGGGACAUAUAAGCAGCCUACUAAGAGAGCAAUCUGGCUGGGUGGAGAAAGGAACUAAUUAUCCCGUGAUGUACUGCCUAUGACCUUCUAGAAUGUGAAAUCUAAGGGAUGCUGGACAAUUGAUAAAAGAUCUGAAGGUGUUGGGGGUAUUGGCAUUCAGAAUUACUGCGGUAUUGAACCCAUGUGAGAACACUGGGCACAAAGGAAUUCUCUCAACCCUCAUGGAAGAAAAUUUUGGCCCGAACAAUGGUUGGUUUCUUGUCAAAAAUCUCUAAACUGUCGUUUCCUACUCAUUUGCAGAGACAAAAGAGCUCUUCUUGCCUUGUGCCAAGUUGCCAUCGUGAAGAACCAUUCGAUACUGAGAUGGAUCUAAUCAGAGAGGUGUAUUUUUAAAUAACAGAUUUAAAACUUCCACAUCUAGGAGGUUUUUCUUAACAUUGUCUUGGCAUUGCUGUACACAACAUGGGUUUUUGAGUUUUUCUGCAUUCCAUCUGUGGAGGUGUAACUUUUUCAAAAUGUCUUCAGGCUCAGGUGAUGAUGGAGAUACCUUUGGACAGGGAUGCAGGGUAGGGAACUGAUUCUAAGCAUUCUUGCACCUCCGGUGCUGCCUGGAGUCCGACGACGCCUUCAGAAGUGGGUAAAUGGGUGGUUCUGUCACCUGAUCUCUCUCCAGACCCCCCCCUCCAAUGUAGUAGGGAGGGCAAUGGCCUCCAUUUCCAUCACCCCACUGCUUGAAUAAGAACAUUCUCCUUCACCUCAUUUCAGACAAUUUCAUCACACGUCAAAAACCCUCAGAGCUCGUCAAAGGAUGCAAGAGUUUUACUCGUAAUCCCAUGAGGUUGUAGACAUAGGACUGUUCAAGUAUAUCAUUCGAGAAAAAUGCUUUUUUUUUCUAAACAAUGCACAUGAAAUAUACACAAUUAUGUGAUGACAAAAAAAAAAUUCAAGCUGUACAGUGGAAGACUUAUCAAUGCGCCUUGAGCAGGGAAAAUCAUGUUAUAUAAUAUGGAAUAAUACGGCAGUGAUUAAAGAUCUAUUUCAGAGUCUGUGUAACUGUCAAAUGUAUCUCGUCCUUUCCUGCUCGGCUAAAUUAUCGAUGGUAAUUCAAUUUCGCUGUGGGAAUGCCUGACCUUUUGAAAUUGCCAGAGAAACAUGAAUACAAGGUAUACUCCAUCUACUGGACUGCAGGUUUGUUGCCCUUAACUAUGACUUUUAAUUUGACUUUUUAAGCAGUUUAUGAUCCAGUCCUGCAGUGUUUGUGUCACUUAUGGGUUAAAUAUGACAUUGUAGUUUUAACUAGACUAUGAUCUGUUCUAUUUUUGUAUUAUACGAUAUAUUGAGAAAUCGAAGUAUCAGAGUUUAUAGUUGCCAAAGAGAUGUAACAACGUUAGCUCAGCCAGUUAGCUUCCAGCUAUCAUACAUGCUGUAUCCAAUCAGGAGUGAUGAACCUAGUAGCUUUGUCCCGCACACAGACGGUCAGGUUAUGGCCUCCAUCAUAUGUCGUGCUUUGUUCGUUUUCCCCUUCCGUUGCAAUCUGCUGUACCAUGCAUCACAAAUAAAUUAGACGACGGUUCUUCCCGCA